AUAAUACUAAAAGUAGAGAGAGAAGAUGCUAUGAUUACUGAUUAAGUAAAGUUCAUCCUUUUUAUGAAGAUGAUCAAGUAAAGUAUCAUUAUAGCACAUUGCAGCAAUCUAUCCCUUGAAGCACAUAGACAAGCAACAAGAAAUAAGAAAAAAGAGAGAAAAAAAAAUAGAGAGAUGGCUGAAGCAGCAGUUACAUAUGUUGUAGAGCGGCUUGUUGAUCUUAUCCAGAAAAAAAUUGUUUUCCUGAAAAACGUCCAACAAGGAGUUGAAGGAGUGCGAAAUGAGCUUGUCCGUAUGAAGUGUUUCCUGAAAGAUGCAGAUAUGAAGCAAGAGGAAGAUGAUGCCGCAACAAUCCGCAAUUGGGUAGCUGAAAUCAGAGCAGUUGCCUACCAUGCUGAGGAUGUGAUUGAAAUAUUCAUCCACCACGUUGAGUCCCCCAAACGCCAGAGUUUCUUCAUCAAGUGUGUCUUCUAUCCUAAGAAACUACACUGUCUUUACAAAGUAGGGAAAGAGAUCGAAUCAAUUCAGACCAGAAUUCUUGAAAUAUCCAACAGUCGUGAAAGAUAUGGCAUCAGGCAUAUUCAAGGUCUUGGAGAUGGAGAAGGAUCAAGCACAACACGUGAGAAGAUGCGUGAACUACGACGCUCCUCGCCCUUGGUUGCCAACAAGGAUGCUGUUGGUCUAGAGAAGCAUGUGAGCUCUGUUGUGUCAAUCCUUUUGAAGGAUGACAAAUGGCUUCGUGUUGCUUCAAUUGUUGGCAUGGGGGGUGUUGGUAAGACGACUCUUGCCAAGGAAGUUUAUAACCAAAAUCAAAUCAGAGACAAGUUUGACACUCGAGCAUGGCUUUAUGUAUCCCAAGAUUAUAAGCCAAUGAAGAUCAUCAAGGAGCUCAUUUUACAACUUGCAAAUCCAGAAGAAGAUAAAGUGAAGAUAGUGGAUACGAUGGACAAAUUGUCAGAGGCUGGUCUGGAGGACAUGCUUCAGAAGUGUUUGAAAGAUACAUGCUAUCUCAUUGUUCUUGAUGACAUCUGGACCACAGAAGCAUGGGAUCUCAUUGUUAGGUCAUUUCCUGACAAUGAUAAGUCAAGUAGAUUGCUACUUACCAGCCGCAGAAAGGAGGUUGCUUUGCAUGCAGAUGCCCAUACUACACCCUACAAACUUGAAGUAUUGAGUGAAGAGGAGAGCUGGAAACUCUUUCUCAAGAAAGCAAUUGCCGAGGAUAGAGAGUGUCCACAGGACUUGGUAGACGUGGGGAAAGAGAUUCUGGGAAAAUGUGACGGCUUGCCACUGGCAAUCACUGUCAUAGGAGGCCUCUUGGCCGGGAAGAAGGAGCAAAGAAGUGAGUGGCAGAGAGUACAGCGAAACCUCGGUUCAUACCUUGUCAAAACUCAAACUUAUGGCGUAUCAGCAAUUUUGGCGUUGAGUUAUCAGGACUUACCUCCCCAUUUAAAAUCUUGCUUUCUCUACAUAGGCCUUCUCCAGAAAGGCAAAGACAUCCCUGUGAAGCAACUCGUGCACAUAUGGAUUGCCCAUGGUCUUAUUCAUCAAAAGGGAGAACAAACAUUAGAGGACAUUGUGGAGGAUUAUCUUGAUGAGCUCAUUGGUAGAAAUAUACUUCAAGUAAUCCUAGUUAGAGCAGAUGACAGAGUUAAAAGUUGCCGGCUCCAUGAUCUCCUACGAGACUUUUGUAUUAUGAAGGCCAAGGAAGAAAUAUUUCUCGAGGUAGAUAAUCCAUCUACAUCCCUCUCUGAAUCUCGGCACCAUGUCCUAUAUUGUCCACUUGAGAGAGCUUGAGAGCCUUCAAUCCUUGUGCUUGGAAGUAAUGGAUAACUUGAAAAUAUCUUUGGGUGCUAGUUUAUCUAAGUU